AUGCCUGCGAAACCAGGAGACACAAGCUCUCUCGCCGAAAUGGUUCCUUGGUUCCGCGUGGCUCCCGGUCAGCCAUCUAUCAGCGGUCUAAUGCAUAUACCUGUUGCGCCAGCAGCACGGCUGCCAAGGAUCCAGCUUGCGGAUACGGACUAUGAAUUGGUCAACGUGCCUGUUGACCACGAACAACAUGAAGACGUAACCGAGUACUUUUCUCUUACGGCAAGGUCGAACACAAGAUUUGGAAGAAGAGCCCCAGACGAGAACGACAUCACAGCACCAAUGCUACUCAAACGCCUCCGAUAUCCUUUUGUACUAGCCGAGGUGACAGUGUCCGUCGACUUUCAGGUUGAUUGGGAUCAGGGUGGUCUCGCCAUCUUUGCUGGUGGACAUCCAACACAUCAUCAGCUCAACCAACUAGCGAGCCGAUCACUAAGACGACCGUACGUUGUGGUAGACCCGAGUCUUCGUCCUGGACCCUCCAAAUGGGCGAGAGUAGCAUUCGAAGUGAAUGCAGGCGAGCCUAAUAUCACCACUCUGGUAGCUAAUCCGAAGUGUGCCGUCGACUGGGCAUGUACGCCUGCAUUCUCCUACUUGGAUCCCGCCUAUCUCGAAGAAACAUCCAUGCCCAGUAUCAGGCUCAAAUUGGAACGAGUCGGCUCAGAUCUAUGGGUGUGGUUCAUGGUUCCUAGCACAGUUGUUAUGAGCACGGCAGCUCCAACCCCAGCGUUCAUCAGCAGACAGUGGAGGAAGUGCAGAGAAAUUGUGAAUUUCUUUGAUCCUGAGUCGAGCAAAGGCGGUUGCUGGGUGGGAUGUUAUGCUAGCAGACCUGUGGACACCGAAGGUCUGGACACUAAUUUGCACAAUGGGGGUUUGUUUGUCGAGUUCGAGGAUUUGGAAAUCUUAUGA